AUGCAGUUCACCGCAGUCCUCGCCGCCAUCGCCCUCGCCGCCAUCUCGACCGUCUCUGCCCAGUCCGGCACCUACACCAAGUUCACCGACUGCGCCGCCGGCAAGCCCUCGGACCUGGCCAUCAGCUCCCUUACCCUGAGCCCCUCGCCCAUGUGUCUCGGUGAGGACUAUUGCCUCACCGCCACCGGUGCCCUCUCGGCACCCAUCACCAAGGGUGCCAAACUUGGCGUCUGGGGCAAGUACCUCAACCGUAUUGUUUACCGCGAUAGCGUUGAUCUCUGUGAUGUCUUGGCUGCUAAUGGCCAGGAGUGCCCCAUCCCCGAGACCACGACCGAGUUGAAGAUUUGCCUCAAGCUGAAGCCUGAUUUCUGGGAGGGUGUCACCACCCAGUUCGACUUUAUCGCUACCAACGCGAACGACGACACCAUCUUCUGUCAGCGUGGUAUGAAAAUCUCGAGUUCUUCACUUUGA